UCACAAAAAACAGUUAGUGAUAAGAGAAUACGAAUCUGGGAAGUAAAAGAUUUACUUAUUCGAUUCAAUUUAAUUUCGGUCAAUCAGUCUGAAAGAACAUUUUUGACCUUCUGAAGUUAGUGGUACAUCAGAAGAUAGGUAGAUCGUGAUGAUUGCUAACAAGGAGUUUCCACAGCUGAAAAAUGACAAUUUGUUGCGAGCUGCUCGUGGAGAACCGGUUGACCAUGUACCUGUUUGGGUAAUGCGGCAAGCCGGUCGAUAUUUACCAGAGUUUCUGGAGCUACGUGCCAAGCAUGAAUUCUUCGAAAUUUGUCGAACUCCGGAAUUGGCAUGUGAAGUUACUAUGCAGCCUCUUCGACGAUUCGAUUUAGAUGCAUCAAUUAUCUUUUCGGACAUACUUGUUAUUCCGCAGGCUUUAGGAAUCCCUGUGGAAAUGAAGAAGGGCGUUGGACCCGUGCUCCCUGAGCCAUUGGUUGUGCCUACCGAUUUGGAAAGGCUUAAUCAGACGGGAACGAUUGAAAGAUUGAAGUAUGUUGGUGAUGCGAUAACUAUGAUGCGACAUUUGUUGGAUGGAAAGGUUCCUUUAAUUGGAUUUACAGGUGCUCCUUGGACACUAAUGGGAUACAUGAUCGAGGGAGGUGGAAGCAAGACAAUGUCGAAAGCAAAAUCGUGGCUACAGGACUACCCAGAAGCAAGCACACAGUUGUUGAACAUUCUUACGGAUCAAGUUAUUGAGUAUUUACUAAUGCAAAUAAAAGCCGGAGCACAAAUGCUACAAGUGUUCGAAUCCAGUGCAGAGCACUUAUCAAGAGAACAGUAUUUGACAGUUUGCCUACCUUAUUUAAAACGAAUCCGUGACGACUUGCUAUCCAAGUUAGCUGACGAAGGUAUCAUUCCUGUUCCAAUGACGCUGUUUUCGAAAGGUGCAAUGCAUUCUUUGUCCGAACAGGCUCAAACUGGCUAUGAUGUUAUUGGACUCGAUUGGACAAUCGAUCCCGAGGAAGCAAGAAAGUUAGUAGGACCGAAUGUAACUCUUCAAGGCAAUCUAGACCCUCAAGACAUGUACAAAUCGCCGGAUGAACUUCGUGAGUUGGUUUUGACUAUGGUGAAGAAAUUUGGAAAGCAUCGAUAUAUCGCUAACCUGGGUCACGGAAUCACUCCACAAACACCAGUUGAAAGCAUGACCGUUCUCGUUAAAACAGUGCACGAUGCUCUGUGAUAAAUUAUUGGACUAAAUGGAGUGGAAACGAAAAUUGCUAUUAAAUAUAUCAUGUUUUUAACGAGUGAGAAAUAAAACAUGUUUUGUAGUUUUGGUAACGGUACAUAAAUAAUUAUUGAUCAAGAG